AUGAUACUGGUGUUUCGAUAUCUGUUGCUAUUCCUGCUGCUCUACAACAUAACCAUUGUGAGCGCAAGGUUGCGACAUCAUCGAUCCGUGUACAUGUCACCAAACGGCUACGACUAUGAGGGGUGUGGCAAGGCGCGAGACUCACCCUGCUUCUCAUGGGAAGUGGUGUCCAUCAUGUACGGCACGCCGAUGCACCCCGGCGUCGAUCAACUCGAGUUGCUGAUGGAGCCAGGCGACUACAACUACACGUCUUACUUCCGCGCCGACUUUGGCUAUUUCAUUUCAAUGUUCAUCCGACCCCUGCCCAGCUUGAACGGCGGUGACAACCGCAUCGUCAUCAGGUACGAAAGGGAGCUACUCAAUAUUACCAAUGUGGCACUAUUCCAGAUGUACAAUAUAACGUUUCUUGGCAGAAAUAUGGUGGCCCGGCACAAUGAACCAUCACCGGAUGGUCCGCUGGGCAGUCCACCGGCGGGCGAGAAUAGCCCCGACCCAAGCGAAGACCCCAGCAACCUGUUCCCAAGCGGGGAAGAUGGACCCUAUCCUUACAGCAACUACCAUCUCACCGACCAACUCUACAGCGUGGACAUCAGGUUAGAGAACAGCAUCGCCCUAUUCAGAGGCAUCAUCUUUCAAACAAAGUCAUACGGCAACAACCUCUUGCUGAUACAUACAUCCAACCUUAUAAUGGAUCGAUGCUCAUUCUUGAACAAUCAGGGCAACUUCUUGGUGACGGCGGACAAGUCAUAUUUGACAAUAUUUAGGUCUAACUUUAUUAGUAACCUCGCCGAAGCAUUGGUCAAUUCAAACAACUCUAUUAUAGCAAUAUCGCGUAGCCAUGUAAUUUACAACCGAGUCAAUACAGGCUUUGCAUUGGACAUGUCAACAACAUUCGCCGUGGGCUACUGUCGCUUCACCAAGAAUAUAUCAAAGCUUGGACUAUUCUUUGGACUCAAGGUCACCAUGUCCGUGGAGCGAACAAUAUUCUCGGACAACUGGUCCGACGUAUCCACAGCCAUUUCAAUAUUAUCAGAGUACAGUAGUUCAUUUUAUGAAGUAUGUAUCUUUGAGAAUAAUUAUGGCACUGGCAAUUCAUUGUUUGGAACAUCAGCUCAGGUUACAUUGUUGCAACAUUGUUGGAUAAGGAAUUCACCAAAGUUAUCAAUCCUCAUAUCGAUCUAUGGCAAUGGCGCCGCACUAUUCUACGAUUGCGCCUUCACCAACAUCAGUGGCAUCCUCAUCUCAUCCGACUCGACCACUCUAAUAGUACUAUUUGAAUGCAAGUUCACAUAUGUUGAAGGUAGAAUAUUGGAAUCUUAUGGCAAGGGCACGGUAUUGAUGGUGUCCACACUUGUGACGACAUGUAGUUCAUUCGAUAACUUGAUCACAUUCUCAAAUAGUAUAAGAGCCUAUAUUUAUGGAAUUAGAUUGUUUGGAGGAUAUGCAUCGGCAUUCAUAAAGAACGACUUCCAAUCCAAUCUGAUCAUACAUGAAGGAUACUUCUAUGGCACGACCGCCCUGACCAGUCUAAUAGUAUGCUACAAGAGCUAUCAUCUCAGAUUACAAUUCUGUUACUUUGGACAUCUCCAAGGAAUAUAUAAUGGAGCCUUGCUUGAGAUUGAUGGAACUGGAUCACUUAGCGUAUACGCGAGUAAUAUUGAGUACAACUUCUCACCUUAUGGACCAUUCAUUUAUGUGAUCGAUACAGAUACUUUGUUGUUCAAUCGUUGCCAGAUGAACUUCUCAGUAUGCACAUUCCAAUAUAAUCAUGCUCAGACAUCUGGUGCAUUGAUCUACUAUGAGACGCGAUCAGUCUGUCCAUUCAGAUGCUCCAACUGCUUCAUUGCGGCCAACACCGCGCGAUAUGGCGACAUCACCAACACCGACUAUUACAACUUUAGUGUUUCGAUGCCCACUCUUAUCUCCACGCCACAGACCAUCCAAGUGGUCAUCAUCGCCAAUGAUGCAUUUGGCAAUCGAUUCAAAGGCAGGAACGACGUCACGUUCACCGUGUCCGAGUCGUGUCCCAAUGUCAACCUCACGGGCAUUCGACAGGUGCUACUCAAUCGCGUUGGAAUGCAACUCAUGUACAAUCUGGUGCUCAGCGGUCUCCCCGGUUCGACCUGCGACAUCCAAUUCUCCUCGAUGCCGCCAGCCUUUAGCGGGCCUCUCUACCUGCGUGUGGGCUUCCGGCCCUGUCCUGCGGGCUCCAGCGAGUUCUUCUAUCGCAACCAGACGCACUGUUUCAAGGUCGGUGGACUGAGCUUCGCGCCCUACCUCUCGCUGGUGCUCCUGCUUGGUCUCGAGGUGCUGGCCAUCUUUGCAUGUCUGGGGGUGGUGAUGUGGAAACGCAAACAUCGAUUGAUCGUGCACUCCAAUCCAGUGUACUUGACCGUGGUGCUCAUUGGAUGUCUGGUGAUGAUCACCUCGAUCAUCUUGUUCAACUUUGUUUCCAAGGCCAUCUGCAUCUUUAGGAUUGCACUACUUCCACUCGGACUAUUCAUCACAUCAAUCUCUGUCGUUGUCAAACAAUGGAGGAUAUGGAGGAUAAGGAAGCAAAUGAGUUUCCAGAAGAAGAGAACGAUACGAACAAGCUACUUCUUCAAGUUCUUUGCAAUCCUAAUGAUUAUUCCAAUUAUUAUCAUUUCACUUAAUAUUACAUUAUCACCGACUACACCCAUCAACAGGGUAUCAUUCGCCAAAGGACAAGUCGACUUAGUAUGUCCAGUUGGUAUAUCAAUUCCAUUCAUUAUCUCUAGUUUAUCAUAUUUGGCGACAUUAUUAUCACUUUCUUGUAUCCUUGUUUUCAAGGCCAAGUACUUCCGGGCAUCACCUGGUACAUUCAACGAGCCAACCUUCCUUGGAUGGCUGAUAUAUAAUUAUCUUAUUAUUAUUAUUAUAUUGAUUCCACUUCGAUUCUCUUUCAAGAACGCCGAUGCACAGUUUGUUGUAAUCUCUUUGGCGGUCUUCUUCUAUAUUCUAUGUACCAUACUCCUACUCUUUGUACCCAAGUUCUACCUAAUCUUUGGAAAGGAGCGUGCCUUGUCUUCUAUGAAGAAGUUCAUUGAGGAUCAAGAAUUACAAUUGGAACGUAAUAAGGAUGUAUUGACAUUUUAUAUGAUGUAUGGCAAUCAAGAGGGUAACCUUAACUUUGCCAAUCACGAUAUAUUCUCGCCGGAUCCACCAACACCGGAUUCAAUGUCGGAUCGCGCCACACCUCCAUCGCCCAUCAACAUCAGUCAAACAAGUGGUGGCGAAGGCAUUCAAUACGGCCUGCCCAAUCCAAACAAGUACCGAACACCAUCGCCAAUGUCGACACCAUCGGCACGAUCUCCCCUGCGAGAGAGUGUCAUCAACAUCAACUCACCCAAUGCCAACCCUGCCAACUCGACCGAACUCCUUGACAACAAUAACAACAACAAUAACAACAACAACAACAAUAUUAUUGGCAGCGGCAACAACAGCAGCAGUGGUAGCAGUAGGAGCAGGAACAAGAGCAACAGGAACUCACCACCGAUCGCAUCAUCCAGUGGUCAUGGAUCAUUGGAUAACUCUCGCAACAACAUCAACAUCAACAACAACAAUAAUAACAAUAAUAAUAACAACAACAACAACAUUGGAGGUGGACCAUCAUCUUCAACCUCAUCAUCAAUACUCCACUCUCCAAUCGAUUCGCACGACCACACUACUGGUGGCUUUCAACAGCAACAACAUCAUCACUCCACCAAGAAGAAGUACCUGUCCAAGUCUGAGCCCAACUCGCCGCUGACCGAAGCCUUUGCGCAUCAGAACGAGCUGGUGUGGGAGCAGGACAAAGAGCGUCGGAAGAAGAAGCCACGACCAAAGAAAUAA